AUGGCCUAUCUCCCUAGGCAAGCUGGAACCAUCGUAGCAUUCAACCUCCACCCUUCCAGGUUCCGUCCCAAGUUCCAAACCGCAAGGAACCAUAAGAAAGAGGGGUUGUUCCUGAAACACCACCAUUUUCUCCGUCCAUUCAUUCUCUUCUCUCACCCGACCUGUAUAUACCCCGGAAUUGCACUCCUCAACCUUUUCACAACUUCCUCUCUCAGCUUCCUCUCUCAUUCAUCUCCAACACAAUCCAUCCCAGUAACCGCAAACAUUCCACAAUUAUUCUUCCAUCUUCAAGCCCAAAAUGGCACUCAAACCCACCACCACAACGCCCACCUCCCCGUCCGUUUUCAAAACCACCCCCUCCCGCCUCACCCUCCUCUGGCUCCUCAUCUCCCUCCCCCUCGUAAUCUGGGACACCCUCUACGUGUUGCUAAGACCACACACCAUGCCCGGCGGAUCCCUGCACUACCCGCUCUGGACGCCCUACGAGCUGUACGGACGCGUCGAUCACGUGUACGGGUGGAAGGCGUGGGACGAGCAGAACGGGUUCACGGCGGCGCAGGGGAUGAUGAAUGCGGUGGAGACGGCGAUGUAUUUGGUUUAUGCUUGGGGGGUUUUGGGGAGUGGAACGAAAGGGGAGGGGAGAAAGGGGGCCGCGGUGUUGUUGGUGGGGUUUGCGGCGGCGGUGAUGACGUUGAGUAA